UUGGCGCAGGCGCCCGGUGACCGAUACGGGCAAGACGCUGGGACGGGACCCCAGCAAGGGAAAUACUCCCUCCGUGACACCCGCAAAUCCUCCGGAACACGUGCUCACGGUACAACCAGUCUCACUAACAGUAUCUGCUUAUGACCCGGAAAGCUUUUGGAACCAGAUCAAAGCACUAACAAGUCUCAGAGGAGACUUCGAACUGGCAGACUGUAUUCCUAUGCCUGGGCAUCCUUUUGCUCUGAACAAUCAAAUGAGUUCUGAGGGGGCAAUGGGAGCGUUCCCUGUCAUUAGAAGCGGAGGUCAGGGACCAAAUCAAUACGUUGAGUUUAAUUGGCAAGUGCUUUCGGAACUGGGCAAAAUAGCUACAAAGCAUGGUUUGGCAUCCCCAGCCGUAGCAAAGAUGCUGUCGUUUUUAGCUGCACAAGAUCUGACUCCCUUUGAUGUGAAACUAAUAACAAGAUUGUUUUGCUCUCCAAUUCAGUACUUAACAUUUGAGUCUGUUUGGUGUCAAUUUGCUGAAGCAAUGACAAUGAGCAAUUUUAAAUUAUCUCCGUAUGAUCCUCGUUUCGGAGCAGGCGUGACUCAGCUGCUGGGAUUCCCUCCUUUGGAUAACCCACAGCUACACGCUCGUCUGCAUCCUUCUAUCUUAGCUCAGUCUCGUGAUUUGGGUAUGCAGGCUCUUACGAAGGUUGCAUAUAUGUCCUCACCAACACAACGAUACACCUCGAUAAAGCAGGGUGCACAUGAGCCGUAUAUGCAAUUUUUGGAUCGCCUGCAGGAUGCCUUAGGCAAACAGAUAGCGGAUCCGACAGCAAGGGAGCAGAUGUUCUUGCAGUUAGCAAAGGAUAAUGCGAAUGGUGAGUGUUGGAAAGCCAUAGAUCUCUUGCCGAGUGACUCUCCUUCUUUGGAGGAGAUUAUACAUGCUUGUUCCAAGGUAGGAAGUGCUCCCUACCAUGUGGCCAUGCUAGCAGACUCUCUUGCAGCUGCAGUGGAGGUACAGCAUCAUUGCUAUAGCUGCGGACAACAAGGUCACACCAAAGCUCAGUGUCCCCACAAGAACCAAUUAUCAAGUGUGCCAAAAAACCCGAAAGGAACACCUGGGGUGGAACUUUGUACUAAGUGCGCAAAGCCAGGACGUUAUACAGAGCACUGCAAAUCUAAAUUCCAUGCGAAUGGGCAGCCCCUCACACACCAGGGAAGCGGGAAGAAGAGCGCGAAAGGGAAGCACGCACUGACAGAAACAAUUCCCAGGGGCCACACCCCAUGCGAGCUUAUGCAACCACCCCACCGGGUGGACAAGAGGAGCUGCUGGCAUGGAUGCUUCCACUGCCAGCACAGUCAUCUUAGACUCGCAGCAGGUACACAAAGCCUCCCUAGCAGCGCAUGGAGCCAUGGGUCAGGGGCUCAGUGCGUUGCUAAUAGGGAGCUCGAGUGUGACAGUGCAAGGUAUCUUUGUACAUCUGGGGGUUGUGGAUGCUGAUUACAUGGGACAAAUAUAUGCUAUGGUGUCAACCCCCAGUCCUCCUGUUACCAUACCUGCUCAGACUCGUACUGCUCAACUUGUGCCUUUUAAGUCUUGUGUCCCAAAACCAGAUUCCAGACUACGAGGGGAUCAAGGCUUCGGAUCAACGGGGCUACCUCAAGUGUAUUGGACUCAAAACAUCUCUGACCAGAGAAUGGUUUGUACUUUGGAAGUGCAAGGCAUGGCUCCAUCACAUAUAACCAUCAAGGGAUUGAUAGACACAGGAGCCAAUGUCACUGUCAAAUCUGCCACUGCAUGGCCUCCCUUGUGGCCUACAAUGCCAGUGGGGUCUGCUGUUGCUGGCCUUGGGGGCUCUACACAAAGCUACUUGAGUACUAAACCUGUGUUGAUCACAAACCCAGAAGGACAAAUAGCCGCUGUCCGUCCCUACAUCACUGCAGCACCCCUCAGUGUGUGGGGAUGAGAUGAUCUGGCAGCCUGGGGGGUGAAAGUGGGGAUGAAUUUUUGACUGGGGCCACUGUGCAGAAGGGCAUGAAGCACCCUACACCGCUGCUACGGUAGCUUACAGAACAACCUAUCUGGGAAACCCAGUAGCCCCCACCAAAAGAAAAAUGAGUUGCCCUUCAUGAAUUGGUCCAGGAACAAUUAAAACAAGGGCGCAUUGAACCUUCUAUGAGCCCUUGGAAUACACCUGUCUUUGUGAUCAAAAAGAAAUCAGGGAAAUGGAGAUUGCUCCAUGACCUGCGUCAAAUUAACGCAGUAAUAGAGAGUGUGGGUGCUUUAAAGCCUGGAAUGCCAUCCCCCACAAUGAUACCUGCUAAGUGGGACAUAUUGAUUGUUGAUCUGAAGGAUUGUUUUUUUACCAUUCCACUGCAUCCAAAAGAUAUUCCAAAAUUUGCAUUUACAGUGCCAUCUGUUAAUCAUGCAAAACCCGUGGAACGAUAUCAAUGGAAAGUGUUGCCACAAGAUACCGCUGUGCGGUGGGUACCUGUAAGGUGUGUUCGCCCGGAUUUGCGACAUUAAAAGCGCCAACAGGCAACCUUCAGAAGAUGACAACGGUGUGGACCAACAAACCAACGGGCAACCUUCAGAAGAUGAUGAUGGUGUGGAUCAUUUGGUGGAUGGUCCUGACUCAAGCUGAGACAGAGCAAGGACUUACCAUGUUACCCCUGAUGCCAGAAAACAAUGUGUGGGUGACCCUUGCCCACGCCUGUCGCUGCCUGCCCAGAAGUGCAGCCCGGCCCCGGGACUGCCCAGGCAUGUCCGGACUUGUCCCUGCCAUGUGCUCUGAAUCCCCUUUGUUCCAAGCGCGGGUAAGACUUGAAAGUAGCACAGACUCCCCCGAAGCAGAGUCCGAUUGGCUGGUUACCACGGGUCCACCCCCUGCUCUCCCCUUUCCCUUCCCCCGAAUAAAGCAGCGAUCCCAGCUGGCCCUGCCCCUCUUGCUCCUGCCUCUCGUUCUGCGAACAGACUCUCCCGUCUCUCCUGGGACAGGAGGAACAAAGAAAACAGGAAUACAGGCACGGAGUCUGGGCUAUAUUUCUACUGUUUGCUUCUGCUUUGAUGACAGCUUUACAGCUGUCACUUGUCGCGUAUCGGAGCUGCCGAGCCGCUGGAUUGCCCGUGCCAUCUCUAGGCAGCCCGAGGCUUUCCAGAGCAGAGACCGGUAAAUCUGCCAACUGA